CACACAGAAAAACAAAACUGGACUGUAGUCCAUCCCUCGAAAUCGAAGACAUUAAUGCCGCUACCUUGUCUGUUUUUCUGUGAAUGUAACACAUACAUACAAUUAAAAUAAGAAGAAAAGAAGGAGAAAAAGUGUUUUUAAGCUGCAAAACUGCACUCAAUAACACUGCGCACAGAUCAACUGAGUUAAUAUAUUCGAUAGCAACCUAGAAACACACGGAUUUGGCUACGAAAUGGCCUCCGAAGAGCUACCAGCUGAUCUGGACAAGUUGAAAAUAACACAGACUCAUCCUCCAAUCAAGUCUGUGGAACGGAACCCCUUUUACGAUGCAGAUAAUGGAUUCGAUCCGUGUGAUAACUCCGAGGCAUCAACGAGCUCCAAGCCCCGAUCACAACAUCGCUGGAAGUGCAGACCCCGUCGAAGAUCCGAGAGCUGCCUGCAGGACUGCAAGCAAGAAGACUCCUUUCUUCCAGCCGAAUCGUUCGAGAUUGUUAGUCCCUUGAGCUGCUCCCACGGAGUCCAGAAGCAUUCUCAAAAGCGCAAUUACCAUGCCCCAGCGAGGAAGAACAUUCUUCGGCAGCCCAUUUUAAGAUCCUUGAACGGCUGCGAGCAUGGCAAAUGGAUUGUGCGCAGUGGUCGGAUUGUGCCCUGCAAGCCCAAGGAGGAAUCCAGUGAUAUUGUUGGCCAGGUCAACGAAGAUAUGAAGUCGAGCUGCUCGUGUGCAUUUCGCGAUGUCAUUGGCGAAUGCAAUGCCAUGCUCGACGAAUCGAAGAGAAGCACUCUGGGAAAUAGCUGGCACUUGUCGACUUCGAAGGCGCGCCGCUCAGAGAGUGCUAUAGAAGAGCCAGGACCCUCAGGACUUCAAAGCCAUAAGAGCGACUCCUUCGCCAUCUCCGCCGCCACGAGAUCUCUAUCAGCGGUUUCGCUGAUGGGAGCAACGUGCUCGCAGCAGGCCAGCUACAAUUCCACGAACCCCGGAAACUGCGAUGAUGUGACCAUCGGCGAACUGGCCAGCUACUUCGACACCAUUGUUCAUAUUCCUAAAAAGAUGUCCUCAAUGGCCGAGAUGAUGUAUAUAUAAUUUUCGAAGCGUAAACAUUAUUAAUUCAUACCCUUCUCUGAAUAUAUUUGUAAGUUCAAGUGUACGAUAUGUAUGUUAUUUGUGAAUUCAAUUACAAUAUUUCAGCACUUUUAAA